AGGGAGACAAUAGUGAAGCAAGGAAGCAAAGAGGCUGAUUAAUUUCCGAGGAGGAGGAGGAGGAGGAAGGCUGAAUCGUGGCGAGGACGCAAGACAAAGAGGGUCCGGUGACCUUUGAGGAGGAGGAGGCAGCAGUUGUGCAUUUCACGGAGGAGGCGUGGGCUCCGCUGGAUCCGGGCCAAAGCGCUCUGCACAGGGAAGCCAUGGAGGAGAAUUAUGAGAUUGGAGCCUCUUUCAAGAUCCAAACCAUAUACUCUGGCCCUUUUCUGUCUCUUCCCGACGCCAGCAUUGAUAUUUGCAAGUACAUUCUCAAGCUACGACACUGAAAAGCUUAUGGGAGCAUUUCUGGCUACAUGAAUAUCUUGCGGUGGCUUCACUCUUAAUCUCCAUGGAGAAAGGUUUCCUCCAGAAGUGUAAAUGUGAAGUGCAGCCCUGCUCCCUUUUGGAGGAGGAGGAGAAGGAGGGUGAAGCGCUCAGGGCUGGUUUUCACUCUCUUUGUGAUGAGAUGAUGUUGUCCAAAUGAAAACAGAUGGGUUGGCUGAGUUCCACGGUGUCCUCCCCAACUGGCAGUUCAGGUUGGGCGUCAUAUCCAGUGAGCGCAUGUUCCCAAGUGCCAGGCUGACCCUGCUGGGACCACAUGGCCCUGUCUUCUUCAGCGGGUGCAGGAGUUAACAUGUUCCAAACAAUCCCUCCUCUUAGCUACAAAUGGCUUGACUUGGAAUGGCUGAAUAUCUUGUGGUCAAAAGUAACUAGUCCUGUAUGUUUCCUUGGAAGAAUCGGAGCUCAAUUCCUGUUUGGAAGACGGAGAGGAUGUUCUUAUUCAGGUUCCCAAAGGGGAGGAAGAGGAUGAGACCUCAGCAGAACCAGACCUCAUUUCGUGUUGGGAAGAAGAAAAUCCGGUGAUGCAGGAACCCAAAGAAGAGGAGGAGACCUCAGCAGGCUACAACUUGGGGGUCAAGGCUGAGGGAGAACCGACUGAAGUAUCAAUGGAAAAAGCUGAGGAGCAGGUUCAGGAGCAGAAACUGAGGAGUGAAGAUGGAGCAAAAAGACAAGAAGAGAGACAGACUCACACAGGGGACAAGCCUUAUAAAUGCUUGCAGUGUGGAAAGAGCUUCAGAAUGAGUGGCCACCUUACUUCACAUCAAAGAACUCACACGGAAGACAAACCUUAUAAAUGCUUGGAUUGUGGAAAGAGUUUCAAGUGGAGUAGCAACCUUACUUCGCAUCUAAGAACUCAUACAGGGGACAAACCUUAUACAUGCUUGGAGUGUGGAAAGAGCUUCAGGUGGAGUUGUCAGCUUAUUAUACAUGAAACAACUCACACAGGAGACAAACCUUAUAAAUGCUUGGAGUGUGGAAAGACCUUCAGUCAGAGUAGCCACCUUACUUCACAUCAAAAAACUCACACAGAAGACAAACCUUAUAAAUGCUUGGAUUGUGGAAAGAGUUUCAAGUGGAGUAGCAACCUUACUUCGCAUCUAAGAACUCAUACAGGGGACAAACGUUAUACAUGCUUGGAGUGUGGAAAGACCUUCAGUCAGAGUAGACACCUUACUUUGCAUCAAAGAACUCACACAGGGGACAAACCUUAUAAUUGCUUUGACUGUGGGAAAAGCUUCAUGGGGAGUGGUGCCCUUAUGGUGCAUCAAAGAACUCACACAGGGCACAAACCUUGUAAAUGCUUGGAGUGUGGAAAGAGCUUCAGGUGGAGUUGCCAGCUUAUUAUACAUGAAACAACUCACACAGGAGACAAACCUUAUAAAUGCUUGGAGUGUAGAAAGAGCUUCAGUCGGAGUAGCAACCUUACUUCGCAUCGAAGAACUCACACAGGGGACAAACCUUAUCAAUGCUUCAACUGUGGGAAAAGCUUCAGGGAGCGUAGCGCCCUUACAGUGCAUCAAAGAACUCACACAGGGGACAAACCUUAUCAAUGCUUGGAGUGUGGAAAGAGCUUCAGUGUCAGUAGCACCCUUACUUCGCAUCAAAGAUACCACACAGGAGACAAACCUUAUCAAUGCUUGGAGUGUGGAAAGAGCUUCAGUCAGAGUAGCACCCUUACUUCACAUCAAAGACGCCACACAGGGGACAGACCUUUUCAAUGCUUGGAGUGUGGAAAGUGCUUCAGUGAAAGAUACGACUUUACGGUGCAUCAAAGAACUCACACAGGGGACAAACCUUAUAAAUGCUUGGAGUGUGGAAAGAGCUUCAGUCAGAGUAGCCACCUUACUUCGCAUCACAGAAUUCACACAGGAGAGAAACCUUAUCAAUGCUUCGACUGUGGGAAAAGCUUCAGGGAGCGUAGCGCCCUUACGGUGCAUCAAAGAACUCACACAGGGAACAAACCUUAUAAAUGUUUGGAGUGUGGAAAGACCUUCAAUCAGAAUAGCACCCUUAUUGCGCAUCAAAGAAUUCACACAGGGGACAGACCUUAUCAAUGCUUGGAAUGUGGAAAGAGCUUCAGACGGAUUAGCGACCUUUGUUCCCAUCAAAGAACUCACACGGGAGGAACCUUAUAAGUGUUUGGAGUAUGAAAAGAGGUUCAGUCAGAGUAGAGACCUUUGCAUCACAGAACUCACAUGGGACAAACAUUAUAAAUGCUUCAAGUGUGGAAAAUGCUUCAGGUGGGGUAGCACCUAUACUCAACAUCAAAGCACUCACAUGGGACAAAUGUUAUAAAUGCUUGGUGUGUGGAAAGAGCAGCCCCUUAUUUGCAUCAAAGGAGUCACAGGGGACAGACAGAUCUUAUCAAUGCUUGUAGUGUGGUAAGAGCUUCAGUCAGAGUGGUCACCCUUCUUUGCAUCACAGAACACAUAUAGGGAACAAACCUUAUACCUGCUUGUAGUGUUGAAAGACCUUUCAUCAUAAUGGCUACCUUUGGGCACAUGGAAGGAUCCAUACAAGUGAAGAGAUGUAUUAAUGCUUUGAAUGUGGAAAAAGCUUUAAGCAGAGUUCAACUCUUUCUGUGCAUCAAAGGAUCCAUAUGGGGAAGCCGGGUUACAAACAGGCUUUUUAUGGGGAGUUUCAGACCCCCAACAAUCUUUUCCUUUUAGCUUUAACCACAGACUGUUCCACUUCCCUUCACUUGCUAUUUUGGUGGUCUGUCAGUUUUUUCUUUGCAGAGACAGAGGUUUUGGCUUUUCCAGAGUUGGGUGAGUACCCAAGAUGGAUGCUGAGGCCAAGGUGUAUGCAGAAGCCAAAAUGGCCUCUCAGUUGCCAAGUUUUCCCCCUUCAAUUUCCCCCCUCCAGCUGCCAAAUUCAAUAUUCAGUUAAUGACAUUUCAUGUAUUUAUCUCCUUCCUCUAGAUCCUCCCCUCUGUCAUUGUUACCUCCAUGUGCAUCAUUUGAACAUCAGACUUAGUCUUUGUUACACAGCAUUUAAUACAACAUAACACCAACUAGACUAUUACAUAUAUGUGCACGACCAAGCAUAAUCCCAUUAUAACAUAUUUUAGCAGAGAUGGGAAUGGCUGGGUUGGUUUCAGCUCACUGUUGUUGUGCUCCUGUACUUAUCUCUUAAAACUCCUUUAGCAGCUGAGAUUUGUUUUUGCCUCGGCUUUUGAAUGUUUGUUCUUGCUUCCUGCUGGACGUGAAGAUUAGUUCUUAUAGUCUACCCCAGCUGGGGAGAGGUUUGACUUUGUCUCUACAUCCCCCCUCCUCAAGUUUCUUUAGCAGAGGAGGCUCUUGCCAAAGCCUUUAUCGGAACAGGACUGUUGCAGUUUAUGGCAAGAGAGGUUGUGUAAAUUAUCCACUCUGCUGCCAGUUUAGAACGUCCCCGUCUUUAAUCUGAAGAUCUGGACCCAUAAUUUACCUCAGCUCCUGUCAAGAUUUCAGAUGUCUAUCUUAAUUAUGUCCCCAUUAAGGGGUGGCAGAAUAUCAUGCUCACCAGGAAAAAGUGCAGAGACCUGGGGAUUACUCCCAACCUGCAGCGCAGUCCUCCUGAUACACAGAGAAGGCAAUUUAAAACCACUCAGUUCUUCAAGCUAGAGGGGGAGAAGGAGAACCGCACUGAGCUGUGUGAGUUAAAGCAGGAUACAGUAUCAUCUAUGCGACCUAUGCAAGCCAUGCUGGACUGGUCAGUAGAUCUGAAAGGGACAAAACAAGAGCCUAGCUCUACUAGGCCAUCGAUAGACCUAGCCUCAGAGUUGGCCCUAGCAGAACACAUGCCAACCACAAAGGACUUCCAACAGAUGGUUGUUGCUGAGCCAACAAGACAAACCUGAGGCUGAGCUGAUGGACCACUAUAUGCAGAGGGAGAUCCUCGAGUUCGACGGCAACGUCCCAAGCCUGAGACACAAACCCACCUCCACUCAAACAGAAGCAACAACACAAGGUGAUUCCCUAACUAAGCGAUGGCUCUCCAUGAUUUGUCAGGAAUUGGGUCACAUUAAAAACUUCCUCUCAGAAAGUAACGAUUUGUUAACAACAAUGGCCAAGAACUAUAGAGUUUCAGGGAGGGGACCCUGGACAAAAGAAACCAAAAGCUGCAGCACUCUGGUUGGGAUAACGACCAAGAAAACAGCAGAAACCCAUACUAAAGAUGCCAAUAAAGAGGGCCUAAAAGGGGAGUGCUUAAAACUAAAGACAAGUAAGAAUAUUAAAAACAUUAAAAAGCGAGAGAGAAAAGCCAAUUGUUGCUGGAAUAAACAUUUAGAGAGACUGGUUAAACUGCUAGACAGCAAGAUAAACCCAGAUCCUACCAAGACCACCCAGACGGCUCCUAAGGGAAAAAAGAAAAUAGGAUCAAAUUCAGCAGCCGAUAGAUGAGGAAGAAGUCAGGGGUGAACAUCAAUCAGAAAAUAAAGUCAACAAGGCACCUAAGCUGGAAGAGAAGCAGGACCCAUGGGCAAAUGCACUCAGCGCUAAUGCGGGAAAGUAUGAUGUUGAUCCCUGCAUCCCUAAGUUGGGCCCCACACACUAUUGCACGGAGCCACAGCCAGUUAAACAAAUGAGAAAUAGCUGGAAUUUAGUGAUAGUACCACAAAAACUGGCACUUGUUAAUUACCCUAAACCAAAUGGCUUACUGACACAGCCGGAGCUCACGCCACAUCUUCUACACAUUUUAAACAGAGUGAUGUCAGGAACGCUGAGUCCAAAGGAUAUAACUCUUGUUGAAUACCUAUACUUUAAUGGAAUUAGAGCUUGGGCUAUAGCCACUUUUAAAGGCCGGGAUACAGCCGAUUGCAUCUAUAGAGCCAAGGAGGCUUUCUCCAAAUGUAAUCUAGAGAUCACAAGGUUUUUUUGAAAAUCAGGCCCCCCCAGCUCCCUUAUGUAGUGUCCCAGCUGGUUAUCCUAGAAGUACUGUUGACAUGCACUGUUCCAAACACCUUAUUGAUUUAAACCAGACUCCAGACUUUGCUUCAUCUUACACGCAACCAAGCUCCCAGGGAUUAUUUUUGAGAGACUCAGCCCCCACCCAUUUUGAAUGUUGCCUACUGUUGACCAGGCAGAGAUCUUGAAUAGACUUGAUUUAUUAAGAAGCAGACUAAAGGAAAAACAAGCACAGCCACUCGACUGUCGACAAUAUAAGUGCUGGCAAACAUGACAUACCCCAACUAAGACAAGAACUUGCAGUUGGGGUAUCUGCUAGCAAAGAGUAAGAAGAGAUAGGAGAUGAUGUUUGAGUAGAAAUAAACCCCAUGCUAACAGACACGGGCUCAUACCCAGUCAAAGGAGAUCACAGUGCACUAGUUAAGUAAUUAACGGGGGCAACUUAGCGGUAUAAAUUGGCUGGCAAUGAGAUAUUUGGAAGAGACAAAUUGGGAAGUAACACAGAGCCAGAAAAGGUAAGGCUCCCUCAAAUAGACAUCAUUCAUCCGGUGCGAUCUAAUGUUAGCAAAUUGAGCCCACUUAAAGAUGAACUUUUCACGAUGGAAGUCAAAGACCAGAGAUAACUCCUUCAUCAACUACCUAUUUAAUUUUGAUAUUCUGAUGCUACAAGAGACCUGGGCCUUAGAUGACAUAGAAUUAAAUGGAUACACCAUUCACCAGCUAUAUGUCUCCCACAGCGACAAGAAGGUCAGGCCUAGAGGUGUCUUAGCAAUACUGAUCUCUACUAGACUUUCUGUUUCAAUCGCUAAUCUUCCCUCCCUGGAUCAACUUGCAGUAGCAGUGAUGGUUAAACUAAAAUGUGCCAAUAUGAUAGUCAUAAAUGUAUAUCUCCCCCCUCAAGGUCCCCGGUCUCAAAUAAGACUGAGAUGGCAAAGCUUAGAAACCUACAUUGGAGAUUUAUUACAAACCACCUCCAGCAUGCAAGUGCUUAUUGGGGGAGAUUUCAAUGCCUAUUCACUUUUAUGCCCAGUUAGAUCAAUUUUUAGAAACCUUUUAUUCCUAUGAUAUUUUAAUAGGUUUUUCCUGUUUUUGGUAAGGAUUUUUGAAUUUUAUCUUUUCAGAACGCAUAGGUUAGAAGUAACAUAUCACGCUUGGGGAUUUACAUUUAAUAAUUUGUUGGAGAAAGUUUUGUUAGUCUACUUACUGACCAUUUUCACUUGGAGCAGUGAUGAAAUAAGAGGUGUUGAACCUCUAAUGUCAUCUUUCAAAGGGGAACGUCAUGAAAACCUGAAUUCAAGAUGGUUGAGUAGGAAAGAAUUGUGUUUCAUUUGUUAAUGUGGGAUCUUAACAGGUUAACAUUUGGCUUCUAUAUUAGAGCUAUGAGUUGGCAGUUUUAUUUCCCAGCUGUGAGUAAUCAGAGGUCCACCCUAACACCCCCUUAUCCCUAGAAGCCUGGCUCCAACAAGGUAGUAAAGUCUGGGAAAUUUUAGGGAGGAUGUUCCAUUUCGCUGGUGACUGAUGGGCCCUUAUUCCAUGAAGAAAUUUCCUGAUUGGUUAAUUGGAUCCGGCCUCUUGCUGGGGAGUUUGCCCUAAGUAUGGGGCUCAAACCUUAGCUUUUGUUCCUCUCCUGGGUCCCAUCAUGCCUAUCUGAUGUUGCUUGCUGAGGUUCCAUUUUGCAUCAAGUAUCCUGACUGUUCCUCUCUCUGAGGAGAGGGGGACUGUGCAACUGUCUACCCAUGUGUAAGUAUACACUAAGCUAGAUAGCUUUCUUGUUUUUCUGUUGGGACUGAACUCUCUGUUUUACCUUGCUCCUUUUGGGUGUUGAUAUUAAGGAACUAUUUUGCUGCUGUAACUGCGCACCUCUUUUAUUCUUUAAUAAAGUUAUUUCUAUUUA